UGUGACUCGGUUCAGUCUUCGUGGCGCUCAGAUUGUUGUUGUUCAAUUUAAACUACGCAGCGGGUCUUGGGGGAGUCGGUUUGUUGACAUCGCGCAGGGAGCGGAUGCUGGUCUUCGGUCCUCGCCCUCGUCCUCAUCUCCACGGCUGAACCUGGCCUGCGUGUCUGUGUUGUGCCGUGGGAUUCGUCUGGCAGAAAAUUGGAAGGCCGUUUCUUGCUUAAUUGACUGGUUUAUAAGAACCGUAACUUCUGCUUCUUCGAGUCAGUGCCGGUUGUGACGGCUUCCAUUUUUCUCAUCCACACGCCCAGCGAUCUGGUCCCAAGUGAUCAGCUGAAUACCGGAGUCUGAGUGAAGUGGAGCAGAGAAUCAUCCCGCUCCUCACACAUGAGGGAUCAGGAGGUGGAUGUUAGCUAGCUGCCCUCUACUUCAAGGAGCUGCCAAGGAUCCUGAGGACCUAAGCUGAAUUCGCCUGCUGCUGCCCCACCCCUUGAAAAGCUGUAGCUGGACAGAGGCUUUGGACCAUGGGGAGCAGCAAGAGCAAACCUAAGGACCCCAGCCAGAGGAGACGCAGUCUGGAAUCUGCAGAAAAUACCCACCAUGGAGGUUACUCUUCCUCGCAGACACCCAGCAAGACCACUGUUCCCGAUCCCCACCGCACCCCCAACCGCUCCUUUGGCAGCAUGGCUGCUGAGUCCAAGCUCUUUGGAGGCUUCAAUACAUCCGACACAGUCACGUCCCCCCAGCGCUCGGGGGCUUUAGCGGUUUGUGUUGUUGCAGGUGGAGUCACCACCUUUGUAGCCCUCUACGACUAUGAGUCACGGACGGAAACAGACCUGUCCUUCAAAAAAGGGGAACGCCUUCAAAUUGUCAAUAAUACGAGAAAAGUGGAUGUCAGGGAAGGAGACUGGUGGCUGGCUCAUUCUCUCACAACAGGACAGACCGGCUACAUCCCCAGCAACUAUGUCGCUCCCUCAGACUCCAUCCAGGCUGAAGAGUGGUAUUUCGGCAAGAUCACUCGCCGGGAGUCUGAACGGCUCCUGCUCAACCCUGAGAAUCCCCGAGGAACCUUCCUGGUCAGGGAGAGUGAAACCACCAAAGGUGCCUAUUGCCUCUCAGUCUCGGACUUUGACAAUGCCAAAGGGCUCAACGUGAAGCACUACAAGAUCCGCAAGCUGGACAGUGGCGGCUUCUAUAUCACUUCCCGCACGCAGUUCAACAGCCUGCAGCAGUUGGUGACCUAUUAUUCCAAACAUGCUGAUGGCCUGUGUCACCGUCUCACCAAUGUCUGCCCAACUUCCAAGCCCCAGACACAAGGACUGGCUAAAGAUGCUUGGGAAAUUCCCCGGGAAUCCCUGCGACUAGAGGUGAAGUUGGGGCAAGGAUGCUUUGGAGAAGUGUGGAUGGGGACUUGGAACGGCACCACCAGAGUGGCUAUAAAGACUCUGAAACCCGGGACCAUGUCUCCAGAGGCAUUUCUGCAGGAGGCCCAGGUCAUGAAGAAACUACGUCAUGAGAAACUGGUCCAGCUGUAUGCUGUGGUUUCAGAGGAGCCAAUAUACAUAGUAACCGAAUACAUGAGCAAAGGGAGCCUCCUGGACUUCCUGAAGGGAGAGAUGGGCAAGUAUCUGCGGUUGCCCCAGCUGGUGGACAUGGCGGCUCAGAUUGCAUCUGGAAUGGCCUAUGUGGAAAGGAUGAACUAUGUCCACCGGGAUCUCCGAGCUGCCAACAUCCUUGUAGGGGAGAACUUGGUGUGCAAGGUGGCUGAUUUUGGCCUGGCGCGGCUGAUUGAAGAUAAUGAAUACACUGCCAGGCAAGGUGCCAAGUUCCCCAUUAAGUGGACAGCCCCAGAAGCUGCUUUGUAUGGCAGGUUUACCAUUAAGUCAGAUGUCUGGUCCUUCGGAAUACUACUGACCGAGCUGACCACCAAGGGCAGAGUGCCAUACCCAGGGAUGGUUAACAGGGAAGUACUGGACCAGGUGGAACGUGGCUACCGAAUGCCCUGCCCUCCCGAGUGCCCCGAAUCCCUGCAUGAUCUGAUGUGCCAGUGCUGGAGGAAGGAUCCUGAGGAAAGGCCCACCUUUGAGUACCUGCAGGCCUUCUUGGAGGACUACUUCACAUCAACAGAGCCCCAGUAUCAGCCAGGCGAGAACCUAUAGAUGUGGGGAUGGCUUCUGGUGCCAAAGACUGUCCACUCCUCCACAUGUGUCUGUGAGUGCGUGUGUGACAAGACGCGCAGGAUCUCAAGAACUCCUCACAGAGUCUGCAGUUCUGGGGAGUCGCCCUUCUUCAGAAGUGGUGGGAUGGGGCCUUCCUGCAGCCUGGAGUGGCUGUGGGUGCUGGGUUUCCCUGUUUGCUAAUUAAUGACUUCUGGUCUUUGUUUAACGAGGUGUUGCCAUUUGACCUUGAGAGGAGUCUAAAGGGAGAUGCCUGGAGGUUAGGGGAGGGGAAAGAACCCUUCCUGAAGAAAGCCACUAUGCUUGGGAGAAGUGUGGAGGGUGAGGUGAAGAUGCAGGAUCAGCCUCCCUUUGAGGUACUUGGCCUUCAAGAGUCUUCCUCCAAGUGACUCUGGAUUGCAGUUGAGGAGAUGAAGUGGACCCCAUGGAGCAGUGACCUGGACUCCCUGCAGCCUGCAUCCAGGAGCAGGUGGCUCUUCAGGGACUGGGCAUUAGUGCUACAGAAUGACACCUUCCAGAUGGGGAUCACAUUGCUUCCAGCCUUUCUCUCUCUGUCUCUUUCUCUCUCUCUCUCUCAUUUUUUCCCUUUUCUUUUAAGUCAGCACAGAUCCCACCCUCCCUCUCUGCCUGUUCUCUAACCAGAACUGACCGCACUUUGCCACAGAAAAAGGUGUGAGUGUUGCUGUUCCAGACUGAGACA